CAUUCGAAUUUUUACCACCGGUGGAGAUGUUUCGGGAAAUUGUAUUUACUUUAUUGGUAGUGAAUGUGUUGGCUGAAGAUUAUAAGGUAGUCCGUUUAGAUGUUGGCAGUGUGAGAGGUGAAAAGUAUUGGGCUGGAGAUUUCUAUGAGUUCUAUGGAGUGCCAUAUGCGACUGCGCCUAAAGGACGGGACAAGUUCAAGGCUCCCCUCCCGGUGCAACCAUGGGAAGGCAUCAUGGACGCCAACGUAAGGCACAAUGUUUGCGAACAAGUCUACCUGACAGAUGACGAUGAUGACGAAAUUAUUCUUGAUGGAGUCGAAGACUGCUUGACCAUGAACCUCUUUGUCCCAACAGUCGCAAACGAAAACAAUCUGGUACCAGUACUGGUGUACAUUCACAGUGGUGCCUUCUCAGGAGGUAGUGGAAAUAUGGGCAAGUUUAACUAUCUAGCCCGUCAUGAUGUCCUAGUAAUCAGUUUCAAUUAUAGACUGGGAUUCAAAGGAUUCGCUUGUUUGGGAACUGAAGAGAUACCUGGCAAUGCUGCGCUGAAAGACCAACUCGCUGCUUUGAGAUUUAUCAAUAAGUACAUCAGCAAGUUUGGUGGGGAUCCUAAUGACGUAACGUUGGCUGGCUUCAGUGUGGGAGCUUCUAUGGCUGAACUAUUAGCUCUCUCAAAAACAACUAAAGGAUUGAUACAUAAGCUAAUACUUGAAAGUGGCUCAGCAUUGUCGCCAUUCGCAAUAAACAGAGAUCCGGUUAAUAGUGCUACGAAUUUAGCGAUAUCUGUAGGUUUUAAGAAUACGGGAAAAAUUGAGGACUUGACAGAGUUUUUGCUCAACGCAACAGCGCUGGAUUUGGCUGCUGGCAGCAAGAAUUUCUUCUUAAAAAAUUCCACCUUCGGCUUAUCACCAUGCAUUGAAAAUGUGGUCAAAGAUUCAGAACCUAUUGUGACGGAGUCUCCGUUGAUUACGUUCCAUAAAAGUGAUUAUGAGAAAAUUCCGGUUUUAACUGGAUUUGCGAACAUGGAAGGCUUAAGCAGAACGAUAAAGUUUGCCGAUUGGAGUGAGAUGAUGAACGAUAAUUUUGCUGACUUCUUACCAGGUGACCUAGCUUUUGACAGUGAUAAAUCACGGGAUGACUUCAUCAAUGACGUUAAGAAAUAUUAUUUUAAAAACGAAGAAAUAACUCACGAUAGCGUUGAAGGAUACAUAGAUUACUUCUCUGAUUCAAUGUUCAAGUACGCUAUAAUGAAAUCAGCAAAAAUGCAUGCUCUUAAAUCUACAAGACCGGUCUAUCUGUAUGAGUUUUCGUACGUUGGAAAGCUAAGUUUUAAGCAUGGGUUUAUGGUUAGAGUAAAAGGCGCCAGUCAUCGAGACCAAACUUCGUAUUUGAUAGAUUUCUAUGAUUUCACUAACUCUCUAGCAGACAUGGAUACUAGAGACCGUAUGACGGCCAUGUGGACAGAUUUUGUGAAGUUUGAAAACCCGACGCAAUACGAGAGCUUACUAAUUGACGUACAGUGGCCGAAAUACACAAAUAAAGAACAAAAAUAUUUGCAAAUAGGUAACCAAUUGAGAGUUAAGAAAGACUUGUUUGAAAACCAUUAUACUUUUUGGGAUACGGUCUAUGACCAGUUUUACUGGCAUCCGAUGCCUGUAGAUAAAACAAGUAUGGUAGUACCUAAGAAAACUAGUGUAAAAGAAGACAAGAAGCAAAAUAUAAAGGAACCGAUGAAGAAAGGUGCAAGUGAUGAUAAGGAAAAUAAUAAGAGUGAAACUGCGAAAAAAAGUGUUAAUGAAGAUGAUAAGAAAAAACCUGUGACUGAAGAAAAGAAGUUAAAAGAAAAGGAAACUACACAGAAAAACCCUUCUAAGGAGAAAACUGGCAAAUAAAAUUUAAGAGUAAUUC